AUGGCGUUCAACGACUACGACGCGGAUGCAACAGAGCUGCUUGAAGCAUAUGACUUUCUCAUGAAGUUCAUUGUAAUUGGAGAGGCGGGGACUGGGAAAUCUUGUCUACUGCACCACUUCAUCCACAAUUCUUUCAAGGAUCACUCGCAACAUACUAUAGGCGUGGAGUUCUCAAGCCGAACUGUCAAUCUAGGAGAGAAAAGAAUCAAACUCCAGCUCUGGGACACUGCAGGGCAAGAGCGAUUUCGCUCGGUAACGCGCAGCUAUUAUCGUGGUGCUGCAGGUGCUAUUCUGGUAUAUGAUAUAACAAGCCGAGCUUCCUUUGUAAAUCUAUCUCGAUGGUUGGCCGACGCAAAGGCUUUGGCAAGCCCACACCUUGUCACGGUGCUCGUAGGCAACAAAGCGGACCGAGAUGAUGAGAGAGAGGUGGAGUGGGCAGAGGCGAGUAAAUGGGCUGCGGACAACGAUGUUCAUUUUAUGGAGACGUCGUCACUGACCGGCGAUAAUGUUGAGGCUCCGUUCUUGUUGGUGGCGAGGGCAAUAUUGUUGGCUAUCGAGUCGGGCACGUUGGAUCCAGAGAAGGCGGGGAGUGGUCUUUGGGAGUUUGAGUGGACGACCCAAGAAGGGAACGGUCCGCCUAAAGAUGAAGAGGUGGAUACCGGGGACCAAGUGCUGCUGAGGUCCUCGUGGCUGCCUAUAUUUUUGUGA